GAAUCUUGUUUCGGAAAUGGCUGCAGGCUCUCUCAUUCGUCUACUGCUUGUAACUUCAUUGGUGUUUUCUCUUCUAAUUGUAUGCUUGAAUGCAGUCCCAGUUUCAAGAACUGGAAACUUAAUGCAUGGAUCUCAAGCUGAUGAUCAACUUCCAGAGAAAACCCGCCUGGUAACUGGUGAGAAAAGUUGGGAGGGAAAAACUAUUACUGGAAGGAGGGGCGUGGAGCUGAAUGAUUAUACAGGAUCAGGGGCCAACAACCGCCACACUCCAGGGCACAAAUUGGGAGAGGCUGUGUUGAUUGUUAGGAAUGAGAUCCUCUAG